AUGCACGUGAAUUAAUAAGUACUGAAGUAGGUUUAAAUUUAGUUAAAACAUUAUGCCAAACAGGAAAUGAUUAAAUAAAUAAAAUAAGAUAAUAAUUUAAAAUUUAAAUAAUAGUAAACUCAAAUCCUUUAUCACGAAAACAAGUAGAAAACGGAUACUAUUGUAAAAGAACUAAUGAAAAUAAUGUAGAUAUAAAUAGAAAUUAUGAUAGUCAUUGGAUAUAUAAUGAUUAAAAAUAUACUAAUUCUGGAGAAAAACCUUUUAGUGAAAUCGAAACAUUAAAAAUAAGUGAAAUUGGUUAAAAAUUAAAUCCUUUAAUUUUUUUAAGUGUACAUUCCGGAACAUUAGGUUUAUAUACUCCUUAUGCAUAUUCUAAUAAAUAAUGCUAAUAUAAUAUAGAGAAUAUGGUUAGAAUAUUAAAAAAUAUAUAAGAUUAAUAUUGCAAUAAUUGUUCUGUUGGUGCGGCUGGAAAAUAAGUUGGGUAUCUCUGUUCAGGAACUUCUAUUGAUUAUUUUUAUGAAAAAGGAGUUAAAUAUUCAUUUGCGUUUGAAAUUUUUGAUUAAAAUUAAUAAAUAAAUAAUAUUUAAUUAAGAAAAAAAACACAUAAAUAAUAUAACCAAUAGCAUUCUAAAUCUUGUUUUAUAAAUGAUGAUUAUAAUAAUUAUAUGUAAAAAAAUAUUAUUUUUAUUUAUUUAUUUUUUUAAUUGA